AUGCCGCGGCGUGGUUUGUACUCGACAAAUAAUGUAUCGGUCAUAGAUGGGCUAUUUGAAAUUUCGAAGCCGGUGGAAUUGCCUAAUGUGUGGGAUUAUGGGGAUGGGUCUUCGGCAGCCAACACGGAUAGCCAAGCUAAUCCCAGUUCGAGUAAUGUGGUCAAUGAUGCUCCCUUUUUGUCGUAUGCUGAUAAGGUUAAAACGCAGAAUUUGCUGAAAAGAGAGGUUAACAUUUUGUUAACACAGGAGCUAAUGCAUAAUUAUCAUCGGAAUAUCGGGCCUCCUAAAUGUGCUUUUAAAGUUGAUAUUCAGAAGGCUUAUGACACGGUUAAUUGGAAAUUUCUCAAUGAUGUUCUGAUUGGUUUCGGGUUUCACCAUAAGAUGGUUCAUUGGAUCAUGUUAUGUGUUUCCACUACUACAUUCUCAGUAUGCGUUAAUGGGGAAGUUCAUGGUUACUUUAAGGGUAAUUGGGGCCUUCGGCAAGGUGAUCCGGUCUCUCCUUAUUUGUUCACGUUGGUAAUGGAAGUGCUCACCGCGAUCCUUCAACAUUCGGUAAGGAUUGACUCUUCUAUUAAAUUCCACAAUAAAUGUGAGCGUCAGAGGAUUAUUAAUCUUUGUUUCGCGGACGAUUUGUUUAUUUUCGCGAGAGGUGAGAUUGCUUCCGCCAGAUGCAUUAUGAAGUCCCUUGAUUCGUUUUCGAAAAUGUCUGGCUUGGUGCCCAUUGUGCAAAAAAGCACGGUGUUCUUCUCAAACGUGCCUUCUUUUGUGAAAAAUGCUAUUUUAAAUAUUAUGCCGUUUAAGGAGGGUUCUCUUCCUGUGAAGUAUCUUGGGGUGCCUCUUAUAUCUUCUAGGUUGCUCCAUAAAGAUUGUUAUGAGCUGGUGGAGAAACUGGAAAAGAGGAUUAUGCAUUGGAGAAAUAAAUUGCUCUCUUUUGCAGGCAGGCUGCAACUGAUUAUUUCUGUUUUGUCUUCUAUGCAUGUCUACUGGUCGUCUGUUUUCAUUUUACCAUCUCGAGUAGUUCUGCAAUUGGAGGCCUUGAUGCGGAAUUUUUUAUGGUCCCAGGAUAGUGCGUUUCAAAAAGGGCGGUCUAAAGUGUCGUGGAAUUCGGUUUGUGUUCCAAAGUAUGAAGGAGGUUUAGGUAUUCGGCGUAUUGGAGACGUUAACAUGGCUCUCAUGACUUCUCAUAUUUGGAGUAUUCUUACGAAGCGUAGUUCUUUAUGGGUUGAUUGGGUUCAUUCUUGCAGGCUUAAAGGAAAGAGCUUUUGGGAGUGUCGAGUUCCAUCUUCUUGUUGCUGGUCUUGGAGAAAGAUGCUUCAGAUUCGGCCGAUUAUAAGGAAGUUCUUUUGGACCGAGAUUGGUAAUGGGGUGAAUACUUCUGCUUGGUUCGAUUCAUGGAGUGUGUUAGGGCCUUUGCACUCUAUCGUCUCUCCUAGAGUCAUUGCUAAUGCGGGAUUUGAUAUGGGCUCUAAAGUGUCGGACAUCUAUCAUUCUAAUUCUUGGAUUUGGCCGCUAGAGUGGAGGGUUUCUUAUCCGGGUCUUAAUCAGCUUGAUCAGCUAUCUUUGGUGCCAAACAAGCCGGAUAAACUUAUGUGGCGCCAUGGUGAUAACCUGUUUGAUUUUUCGUCUUCGCGAGCUUGGGAUUCGGUUCGUAUUCAGGCAGGGGAGGUCGAUUGGAGUCGUGUUGUUUGGUUCCCUCAAUGCAUCCCCCGACAUGUUUUUUUAAUGUGGCUUAUCAUGAGACGGAAGUUGCUUACUCAAGAUAAAAUAUUGUCUUGGGAUUUCUCGCGCAGGAAGAAUAUGAAUAUGAUGUGCUGUUUACUUUGUUAUGCCAACCACGAUUCGCAUAACCACCUUUUCUUUGAAUGCAAAUACUCUUCUGAAGUGUGGCAUAAGGUUAGGCAGAAAGCUGGGAUGGGCACUGUUCAACCUAAAUGGAGUGACAUUUCUAACUGGUUGAUUGAGAAGUCUAAACCAAAAUCGGUAGUUGGGUUCGUAGCUAGAUUGGUAGUGGCGGCCUCAGCUUAUUUUAUUUGGCAAGAGCGGAAUUCGAGGUUAUUCAAAAACCAAUUGCUACCGCCGGAGAUUUUAAGUGGAAUUGUGCUACAACAAGUGCGAUACAAAUUGAUGGGAGCGAAGCUGAGGAAUUGUGCUAAUGUUCGAAAGCUUCUGGAGGAUUGGGGAAUUGAUGGCUCAGGUUUAUUUGAGAUAGCUGCUGAUUAA